AUGUGGGCGCCAGGCGGGCCGCCGGGGCCCGCGGGCUGGGAUCGCCGCAGGGUGGGCGCGCGGCUGCGCGCGGCGCUUGCGGGGCUGCACGAGCUGCAGGGGCUGCGCGCCACGCAGCAGGCGCGGGUGCGGGGCGCCCUGGCCAUGCAGCCCUCCCCAGAGCCCGCCGCCCCCUGCGGCCCCCGCGCGCCCGAGCUGAGGCUGGAGGCGGCGCUGGCCGCCCUGCAGGAGCAGCUGUCCCGGUUACGGCGGCAGGACGCGGGCCUCAAGACCCACUUGGACCAGCUGGGCCAGCAGAUCAGCGAGCUGCAGCUGGACGUGUGCAGGUCGUCCUGCGAGGCCCCGGACAGCGACAGCCGGCCCAGCUCCGGUUUCUACGAGCUCAGCGAUGGUGGCUCCUGCUCCCUGUCCACCUCCUGUGCCUCCGUGUGCAGUGACCGCAGCCUGGGCAGCCUGCUGCCUGCGUUCCAGGCCUCCAAGGACAGGCCUGCCAUGGGGGACUGGCGGCCUCGGUCAGCAGAUGAGACCACCGUGCCGGCGUGGAGACCCCAGCCCAUGGAGGAGGGUGAAGGGCCCCCGAGCAGUGCAGAGGGCCCAGUCUGGCCAAAGGGCAUGUUCCGGCCCAGACCGGUGUCCACAGGCGAUCUGGAACGGGUCCUCCCAGAAGACGUGGGGCUCCAGGACGUCUGUGGGGACCGCACGGCUGCCCCCCACCUCUGCCAGGGCGUGGAGGGGCUGCCCCACGUGCUGGACCCCAAGUACCAGCGGGACCUGGUGUCCAGGGGCGGCCGGGAAGUGUACCCAUACCCCAGCCCCCUGCACGCAGUGGCUCUGCAGAGCCCCCUGUUUGCUCUGACCAGAGACACCCCACAGACCACCAGCCAUACGCUCCCCCCGGCUCUGCCCCCUCCCAGCACCACGCGGACUGGGCCAGCCCCCGAGGUGGGCCUGGCCGGCACCUACAUUGACAGGCUGCUGCGGCGGCACAGCCAAAGGGCUUCUAUGAGGGGUGGUGUCAGGGACCAGGGGCCCCCCAGAUGGGCAGCAUCCCCAUCCCCGCAGAAGCUGGGCCACGCCCCCCAGGCAGGGAGCAAUGCAGGGUCCCCCAGCAGGGACAGCCUGGGGCAGCAGGGCCCUGGGCCUCACGGGAGCCCCCAGCACCCCAGCCCUCUCCCACAGGAGGACCCCAGGCCCCCAGAUGGACGUGUGCCCAGGGAGACCGUGGUGGAUGCCUCACCCCGCCCCCAGACCCAGCAGCCCCCCAGGGCUCUGGACUGCAGCCGAGGCCCAGGCGUGUCCCCAGCCAGGAGGGUCCAGGAGAGACCUCCUGUGGCCUGGGGACACCAUGUCCCCGGGCCAGGGGCGGACAGCAAAGCUUUGCCAGGUGGCAUGGCCACCGGCCACCCCAAGCCCAAGGCUGUGAAGGUCAGGAGAAGGGCCAGCGACAAGGGGCCGAGGCCCACAAGGCCGCCACUGCCCUCAGAGAGACCUCGGGGUGUCCCUGUGGCUGCCGGGCUGCCCCUGGAGUGGGGCCCCUCGUGCAGGCCCCUAGGGGCUGGGCUCAGGAGGAAGCCUACCCCGGGCGGGGCGGCGCCCGGCCGCUCCUGCUCUGAGUCCACCCUCUACCCCGUGCCCUUCUUCGUGCCCCUGGUGGUGGCCCGGCCGGACAACUGCCGGGCGUCGGCGCAGGUGCUGUUCCCCUCCCAGUGGGCCAGGAAGCAGCGGCGCCGGUGGCAGUCCGCCGUGGAGAUCGCGGGCCGGGGCGGCCAGCGUGCGCCCCGAGCCACCUGCGCGCGCGACGGCGAGUCGGACGCGGCGGAGAGCAGCGGGGAUGAUGCCAGCGGCCUCUCCGCCGGCUGCUUCGGGGACGCCGAGGCCAGCGGCAGCGACGCGGAGGGCGGGCGAGGGCGGCGCGCGCGGCCCCCCGCGCCCAGGCUGUGCCGCGUCAAAGCCUCCAGGGCGCUCCGGAGGAAGAUCCGCAGGUUCCAGCCGGCCGCGCUGCGGGUCAUGACCAUGGUGUGAGGCCUGCGAGUAGAGGGGCCGGCUUCCUUGCUUACCCCGGCCCUGGGCGCGCUCUCAGCCCUGCCGUGCCCUGCGCCGGCGCCCACUGCCCACAGCAGACUGCUGUGUCUGCCGCAGUCGGGACGUGGAGCUCAAAGGUGUUGGCAAAAGUAACAAUAAUAGUAAAUAAACGUU